AUGCAGCGGGCGACGGGCGCCGCUGGAGCACCCGAGGGGGGCCCGCUGCUUGAGCGCCACAGGCGCGGCUGUUCGCCGGGCCCUCCCCAGGUUGCGCAGCGCCGCUGUGCGGCGCAGCGCGCGGCGAGAGCGGCCACCGCCGCGCUCGCCGCCGGCCUAGCGGUGCUGCUCCUCAGCGGCAGCGGCGGCCCGCUUCGCGCCGCCGCGCUGGGGCUGGGCUGGCGCCCGCCUGCCGUGAUUGUAGAUAAGGCCUCGCCCGCCCUGCUCGAGGAGGGCGGCGGCGCUGGCGCCGCCGUGUCGCUGCUCUGCUUCAUGGUGGCGCGCUCCAAGGGCGACGAGGCGGACCUCGUGCGCUGCCAGGCCGUGAGGCGAACUGGCGUGUUCGCGUGCGACGUGUUCGAGGUGUUCAGCGACAGCAGCAGCGUGCUAAGCGAAGGACCUCCUGUGAUCCAGACCUCCGUGCUGUCAGUGCCUCUGCACUCGGAGGAGGGGGUAGCCGGCUCGCUGACCGCUGGCUUCCUGAACACCGAGGUGUUCAUGAAGGCGUGGGAGCAGAUCGGCAGCCAGGGGAAGUUCCGCGGCUGCGACUGGACAGUCAAGGUGGACCCAGACGCUCUCUUCUUCCCGAGCCGCAUGCGCGAGCUGGUCACGGCCAGAGGCUACGGGACUGGCGCCCGAUACUUGUGGAACUGCCCCGACGGCGAGCGGGCUCGGAACGGGGGGCUGGCCCUCUUCGGAGCCGUCGAGGCGCUGUCGAGGGCCGCCGUGGAGGCGUACACCUCAGGCUGGGCAGCCUGCAUCGAUAAGCUGGACUGGAGCGUGCUGGGGGAAGACUACUACCUUCAGCAGUGUCUGGAGCUGCUGCAGGUCGAGCACGUCAACGAGACCGAAGUGCUUGAGGACGGCUACUGCAAAAUGGCGCCCGUCGACUGCAAGGCUGGGCAGGGCAGGUGCGAGCCAGAGACGCCGAACAAGCACAGCAUCAUGAACACCAACAGCAUGGCAACCACAGGGGUAAGCGAGCACUGGGAGCAGGAGUACGUCUACGCCCAGCAGGCCGCUGCUCGGUUGCGUGGCCAGCUCGACAAGGCGCUAUCCGCCGAAAUCCCAGGCGACAGCGAAGCGAUCGUGACCUUCGCGCGGAAAGAGGGCGACGACCUGGCGGCCGCCGAGGAGGUGCCCCGCAGGAGAGCCGCCAUCGACCCCGGCGCGCCGAUGCAGAUCGCCCCGCGCCCCCCGGGCGCGCCAUCCAGCGGCGACGCGGCACGUUCCGCCGGGCAUGGCAGACACGCCGCAGCGCAAGACAGCGCGAAGCUGAAGCUGCAGCUGGGGAAUCCCGGUGCACCGCGCGACGAAGGACAGCUUGACACCCAUGCCGCGGGGGCGCUGAAGGGUCGCGGCUACGGCGCCGACAGCGCCCCCAGCUCCGCGCCGGGCACGUGCUCGGCCAGCGCCCCCCAGGUGGUUCGGGACCAGACGCACCGAUAUACCCUGAUCAACAACGUCAUCUUCGACGGCGAGGACCUUUGCGGCUCCGUGGGCAAGCCCGAGGCCGAGCCACUGAUGCUGGCCGACACCGCGCAAGGAGCGCCCGACAUCGACGACAGCAUCGACGACGAGCACUUGCCCUAUUACGGAACGCACAUGCCGACCUCUGGGCCACAGGCGAUCGCGGAGGACAUGGUCGAGAAGGGGGCGCGCUGCGAGGUGCCCCAGCACGCGACCAGCGACCGGCCUUCGCACGGGGGCGGCGACGCCGACUUGGGCAAGACGGGGGUGCCGCUCUCACGGAGGCGGGCCACCAGUCACCGCGCCAUGCCCGACCAGGACAAGCAUUCGUUCAACAUCCAGGACUCCCGACGCAGCGCGGGCUGGGCCUCGAAGACCACCCGGGACAUGCAAUGGCUAUGCGACCACCUCAGCCAGGGGGAAAGACCGACGACCAACGUGCACCUCCACGAGUCUGCGCGGGCAUUCCGCGACGACCCCUUCCGCUUCUGCGCAACAGUCAAGAAGGUAAACGUCAGGUACUUCCGACGACAGCAAGGAGGGGAUCUACACGAAUGGAUGAUGCACCUCCAGCCGCCAGAUAGCACGCCGACGUACGUCCUAUCCAUCGACGUCGCCAACCACGCUACCAGGUGCGACCUUGCCAAUUUGGAGACACUUUGUUGCUGGAUGCAAAUGCACGAAGGCAUUGCGGCAGCACCGUUUGCAGGACCACCUUGCGAGACGUGGGGCGCAAUCGACAUUGGCAACGAGCAACCGAGGACAACGGUACUUUCUUCUACGUUGCCUAUGCAACUGGGGUGCCAGCGUUUCUGGAACACCCAGAGCCUGUCCACGGCAGACAGCCUGCUGCUGGCAGCUGGCUGCUACCCUGGAUCCAUCACCUACUGCGACGGCCAGGAGUACGGCUAG